AUGUACAAUCAAAAUUUGAAUGUAUUAAGUUUCUCUUUUUCUCUAUGGUCAAGGUCUUUUCUUCAAAAUUUUGAGGAUUUCGCUAGUUUUUGCCUUUUUGAAUUGCACGAUUUGGUGCAUGAUCUUGCAAUAUAUGUUGCAAGAGAUGAUUUUCAACUGUUGAACUUUCAAUAUAAAAAUAUAAGAGAGAAUGUCCGCCAUUUGUCAGUUCUUGAAAAUGAUUUGUUGCUUGGCCAAAUUUCAAUUCCCACUGGGUUGAGAACCAUACUUUUUCCUGAUGGAGCAAACAGUAAACCUUUCUUGAACACUUGUCUAUCAAGGUGCAAAUACCUGCGACUUUUGAAACUAAAUAAAUCUAGAUACAAAAAUUUGCCCCACUCCAUUGGUAAGUUGAAACAUUUACGAUAUAUCAAUCUUGAAAAAAGUAAGGAAUUGGAGAGGCUUCCUGAUUCUGUUUGCAAACUCCAAAAUUUGCAAACUUUGGAUCUCUCUGAAUGUGAAAAUCUACUAAAAUUGCCUAAUGAAAUAGGAAAUUUGAUCAAACUUCAAGUACUAUAUAUAACCACAAAGCAAUCUAACUUCCCAGAAGAGUUAGCCAAAUUGUCUUCUCUAGAAAUUCUAGCAUUCAUUAAUUGUGAUAAUUUGAUGUUUUCUUUUGAAGGAAUACAAUUUCCUAAACUUAAAUUGUUAAGUUUUUCAUAUUGUGGGAAUCUGAAGUCAUUGCCAUUUCAUAUCAUUCCAAAUAUAGAGAGUUUGAUCAUUAUGGACUGUAAUAUGGUGAUAUUGUCAAUGGGUGAUAACAACAACCAAAUACCCAAGUUAAAGUUAAAGUUAAUUCGUCUUAACUCCUUGCCUCAAAUAGUUACUUUUCCACAAUGGUUUCAAGGAUGUGCAAACACCCUACAUACCUUAAUUAUUGGUAACUGUGAAAAUCUUGAGGAGCUUCCUAAAUGUUUGUCAACUUUUAUUUCUCUCAAGAUCCUUAAAAUUGUAAACUGUCCAAAAUUGAUUUCACUCCCUGAAGAUGUGCAUCGCCUUCCAAACCUUCAAGGUUUAACAAUGAGUGGUUGUCCUGAAUUAUAUAGAAGAUACGAGCCAGAAGUUGGACAAGAUUGGUACAAGAUAUCACAUAUCAAACAUGUUAAGGUUGUUGAACUUGAAGAUUAA